CGUGGCAGCAGUGAGAUGUGGCAGGCAUGGUAUGCCAGAAGCGAGACGAAGCCAGUACCGCAAGCCAAGGCCACGCGUGUCCACCAAAAAGUCAGAUCUGCCAGCCACUUCUUCUCGGCUGACAGCGGACGCUUAAAAACGUCCCAAGGAAGGGGGGACCAGCGAGGCCUGCGUAGCGCGCCCGCUGUGGGUCCCUCAAUGAAGCGACCGUCGUCGCUGUGUCUCGUGGCAGCGCUGAUCUGGACGCUACUCCUCGCUCCACAUGCCGCCUCCAGCUCUCAAUUAGAAGCGGUGGAGUUUCAGCCAGCUUACUCGGCAGCUCCGCGGUAUUUGGGGUCAUCAGAAGAGUACUAUCAAGAUGGCGGUGCCGCCGACUGGUCGCGGGAGAGCAACGAAAUUUCUGCAACGGGUUUGCCAUUAGAAAAGAAAUGGACGGGACCCGAGGAGCGCAGUCAAGCAAGAAUGUUGUACAAUUAUCUUCUGUCACGUAGAUUUGGAGGCGAUUUGUUUGGGAAAAGAAUGGGCUCGAGUUAUCCCGGCAACAAGUUUCGGUUCUUCACUAAUGACCCUUCGAGCAGUGGUAGUGGCGUUCAUGGCUCCGAGUUUCUGGGCAAACGAAACACCCCAGGAAAUAUCGGUAUUUCGGAAUUCCUUGGCAAAAGAGCUCGGGUUUCUGAAUUUCUUGGCAAGCGGGCAGAAGAAGGAUACAAAGAAAAAGAGGAAAUCGGAACGCCCAGCAAACGAGCGAGAAUAUCCGAAUUUCUUGGAAAACGCGGACGAAUUUCGGAAUUUUUGGGCAAACGAGCACGCGUGUCUGAGUUCCUUGGCAAGCGCCUUCCUUCGGAAGCAUCGAGUAAGCGAACGCGAGCGUCUGAAUACUCUGGGAAAUGGCCCAGAGUGUCGGAAUUUCUUGGCAAACGUAGUGUACCCGACCCUAUGCCUAUGAAGAAGGCAAGGGUGUCCGAAUUUCUUGGCAAGCGAGCAAGUCCAUCAGAAUUAUACGGUAAGCGAGCUUCCAUCUCAGAAUAUUGGGGUAAAAGGCUAAUAAAUCCAUACGACUUUUCGACAAAGCGCGUGAGAGCAUCCGAGUUUCUUGGUAAAAGAUCUCGUUCUCGAGUGUCGGAAUUCUUGGGCAAACGAUCUGUUGACGACGAAGAUCCGACGACCAUUAACGACAAGCUUGUAAGCGAGGAAGAACCUUUGGCUGGCGGAGCCAGCGACGAGUCUUCGAAACUAUCGCACCUCAGUUACGUCUAAAUAUGGCUUAAUUGAUAUGCCAGCAAGACUUGCGUAUGAUUUCCUGUAGGUGUUGCCCCAUUAAUUUGUGUCUGAACAAUAUGUCGGGACAACUAAUGUCUCAACGAUAUGUCGGGACGACUAAUGUCUGAACAAUAUGUCGGGAUAACUAAUGUCUCAACGAUAUGUCGGGAUAUCUAAUGUUUGAACGACAUUUCGGGAUAUCUAAUGUAUCAACGAUAUGUCGGGACAUCUAAUGUCUGAACUAUAUGUCGGGACGAUAAGUCGGUGUUGAUAUGUCGGGACAAAUCCCAUUUAAAUUAGGCCAAAUUCAGGUAGCGUUCCCAGUAUUUUUGUACAAGGUUGUUCUUUUCAACAACAAUCUAGGCAGCAUCAAUUAAGAGAUGUGCCGGUAUGAAAUAAUAUCUGUUCAAAGUGAUACCUAAUGCAUCGUCGGGUAUAGAGAGUUUCUGUUAUCAGUUCUGUUGUUAGAGGGCUUCAUUGGUUCCCUUGUCACUGCCAGAAUUUGAGUUGAGAAACGUCCAAGACGAGUUAACCUGACCAGGACGAACGAUAAUUAAAAUCCUAAAAGCCUUAAUUAUUUAAUAUAACAGCUGGUAAUCACUAAGUGUAAUAUACAAAAUAUUAGAUGGGUAUCACAAACAUAAUAUUUGAGGUGACCUCAAUGAAAAACUUAUUUCCCAAAUGCAACUAAAAAAAUUGGUGUGGUAAAGGAACAUGGGAGUUUGAAAAGACAAUCCAUAUUUAAUUCCUCUUAUUAAUUAUUAAAUAUAUAUAUUAUGAAAUACCCAUUUAAAUAAAACAUUAGAGAGCUAUGAUACUAGGCAUCUGCCAGUACCCAAAAUGCGCUCACAAAUAAUUGAUUCCGUUGAAUUCUUGAUCCAUCAACGCCUGCAACCAUAAAAAUACAAAAUUAUAUUUCGAAUCUGGAUGUUUUUGAAGGACGCAUAAAUACUGGGCAUUUCAAAUAGAAGAAAAUAUUCUCAUU